AUGCUACGAACCCUCAACCGGACAAGUCGUAUCUUGCGACUGUCGGCCACAAAAACCCGAUUUGGAUCCACAUUUUCAGCAGCAACACGACCUCUGGACACUUAUCUUCGACGACAUGUUGGUAGCGAAUCUGCAGAUGUGAACAAGAUGCUCCGAGCUCUAGAUUACGCUACUGCCGAGUCAGCUAUGGACAGCUUCGUGUCAGAUGUCGUUCCCCCCAAUGUUCUGACCAAGCGACCUCUUGCUGUCAAGCCCACACAAGGUUUCUCUGAAUCUGAGCUGACCAGCCGGUUGGGAGAGAUUGCUUCCAAAAACAAGGUCUUCAAGUCCUAUAUCGGAAAGGGCUAUGUCGGAACUGUUGUUCCACCCGUCAUCCAGCGAAAUGUUCUCGAGAACCCCCUCUGGUACACCUCAUACACACCCUACCAGCCCGAGAUCAGUCAGGGUCGUCUGGAGUCACUCCUGAACUACCAGACCGUUAUUACUGAGCUCACCGGAAUGGCAGUUGCCAACGCUUCUCUUCUUGACGAGGGUACUGCGGCAUCGGAGGCCGUUACAAUGGCAUUCAACGCUUUCAAGGGCAAGCGAGGCAUUUUCCUUGUUGACAAGAACGUUCAUCCCCAGACCAUUGCUGUUGUCCAGUCUCGAAGUGUAGCUCUUGACGUCGACGUCAAGGUUGUCGACGUGUCUGAUCUCUCCAACGGCAAGUCUGAGAGCCCUAUUGACCAGGUCUGCGGUGUUCUAGUGCAAUACCCAACCACUGACGGUUCCAUUGUCGAUUACCAGAAGCUCAGCGACACCCUCAAGGGUGAGGGCAACGGUAGCCUGCUGUGCGUUGCCGCUGACCUUCUGGCCCUCACCCUUCUCAAGCCUCCUUCCGAUUUCGGUGCCGACAUUGUUCUCGGUACCUCCCAGCGAUUUGGUGUCCCCAUGGGUUACGGUGGACCUCAUGCUGCUUACUUUGCUGUUGCCGAUGGCCAGCACCGAAAGAUGCCAGGACGACUUAUUGGCAUGUCCCGUGAUCGACUUGGCGGCGAGGCUUAUCGACUGGCCCUCCAGACUCGUGAGCAACACAUUCGAAGAGAGAAGGCGACCUCUAACAUCUGCACAGCCCAGGCUCUCCUUGCCAACAUGAGCGCAUUCUACGCUAUCUACCAUGGACCUGAGGGCCUUCGGAAGAUCGCCGAGCGUGUCAACCUGCUCACCUCCAUCCUUGCCACUGCCGUUGAAGCCAAGGGCGUUAAGGUCGAGAACAAGCACUUCUUUGACACUCUCACCCUGCAGGUUCAGGAUGCCAACAAGGUCAUUUCUGCAGCUGAGGCCAAGGAGAUCAACCUUUACAAGCUUGACGAUAAGACCGUUUCUCUGACUCUCGAUGAGACCGUCACUCACGGUGAUCUUGUCAACCUUGCAUCGGUUUUUGGCGUUUCUGAGGCUGACUUGGAGUCUGCUGCUGAUAAUGUCACCAGCAGUAUUCCCUCUGAUAUGCUGCGAACUGAUAAGUACAUGCAGCACGAUGUGUUCAACAAGUACCAUUCAGAGACCGAGCUUCUUCGAUAUAUGAAGCAUCUUCAGUCAAAGGAUCUGUCUCUCGCCGAUGCUAUGAUUCCUCUGGGUAGUUGCACAAUGAAGCUUAAUGCCACCACUCAGAUGGCACCCAUCACCUGGCCUGAAUUUGGCCAGCUUCAUCCCUUUGUUCCUCUCAACCAGGCUCAGGGCUACAAGGAGCUUUUGAUCGAGCUUGAGGAUGAUCUUGCGGACAUUACCGGUUUCGAUCGAAUGUCUCUGCAGCCCAACUCUGGUGCUCAGGGUGAGUACACCGGCCUACGAGUCAUCCGUGCCUACCUUGAGUCUCAGGGCCAGGGCCACCGAAACAUCUGUCUGAUCCCUGUCUCUGCUCACGGUACCAACCCAGCUUCUGCUGUGAUGUCAGGCAUGAAGGUUGUCGCUGUCAAGUGUAAGAAGGAUGGUGAGCUUGAUCUCGUCGAUCUUGCUGCCAAGGCUGAGAAGCAUAAGGAUAACCUGGCUGCGUUCAUGGUCACUUAUCCUUCCACUUUCGGUGUUUUCGAGCCUGGUGUCAAGGAGGCGAUUGAUAUUGUUCACAAGAAUGGCGGACAGGUAUACAUGGACGGUGCCAACAUGAACGCUCAGAUCGGUCUGACCUCCCCUGGUGAGAUGGGUGCUGAUGUGUGCCAUCUCAACCUCCACAAGACCUUCUGCAUCCCCCACGGCGGUGGUGGACCUGGCAUGGGCCCUAUUGGUGUCAAGUCUCACCUGGCUCCUUUCUUGCCUGCUCACCCCGUUGUUGAGAUGAGCGAGGUUACAGGCCUUUCUACAGAGAAGUCAAUUCAGCCUGUUUCUGCUGCACCCUUUGGAUCUGCUUCUAUCCUCCCCAUCUCCUGGGCUUACAUUAAGCUGAUGGGUGCUACCGGACUGCUCAAGGCCACUGAAAUCGCUCUCCUUAACGCCAACUACAUGAAGAAGCGACUUGAGCCCCAUUACCCUAUUCUCUACACCAACAACAAAGACAAGUGCGCUCAUGAGUUCAUCCUUGACAUGCGACCUUUCAAGGCAUCGUCUGGAAUCGAGGCUAUUGAUAUUGCUAAGCGUCUCCAGGAUUACUCUUUCCACGGUCCCACCAUGUCCUGGCCUGUUGCCAACACUCUUAUGGUCGAGCCCACUGAGUCUGAGUCUCUAGCAGAGCUUGACCGAUUCUGUGAUGCUCUGAUUUCCAUCCGACAGGAGAUCAAGGAGAUUGAGGACGGCAAGAUUCCCCGGGAGAACAACGUCCUCAAGAACUCCCCCCAUCCUCAACAGGACCUUUUGGCCGAGACUUGGGAUCGACCCUACACCAGAGAGCAGGCUGCUUAUCCCGUAGCUAGCCUUCGAGAGAAGAAGUUCUGGCCGUCAGUUGCUAGAGUAGAUGAUACCUUUGGUGAUCUCAACUUGUUCUGCACCUGUGAACCUCCCGCUCUCGAGGAGUAG